AUGGCCUUGAGAUUUGUUCAAUUGCUGAUCAUAUUUGUACUAGCCCUGGCCACCUACAAAAGGGUCCUUGCAAGUGAUCCUGACAUCCUUUCCUACUACGUAGUCCCAGAAAAUAACAAAGUUGAUGCUAAUUUCUCUAUUUACACUGGAUUCCAGGACAUAUUCGAUGAUGUUCCUGGAACCUUAAACAUAACGAAAGCUGCCUUGGCUGAGUUCCCUGCUCUUAAUGGACAGAAUGUGUCGUACGCCAUGCUUAAAUAUCCUGCGAACGAGGACUCCCCUGAUUGGAAAGAAUUCGUCCUUGAUCUCAACUCUUUGAUUGGGCAAAAUCCGAAUAGAAUCUUCAAUUGCUUCAUAUUAAUUCUGGAUAUUUUAGCACUCAAUUGA